UGUAUUAUGGAUGGAAUGUGUACAACGUAUGCAGUACCAGUGGAAUGUCAAUGAACAGUCAACAAUGCACAGUACGUAAGAACAGAUUCUGCAUCAUGCAUGUGCGACAAUUUUGUUGUGACGGUCAGGACUUUAUAAUGUGAUACGUUUGGAGUAUAUCUGAUCUGCUUCUAAUGAAACUGUUCUGCUACCUCCAUUGCCCAUAUCUGGUAGUUUUAGUCACUUGUGAGACGACUGUAAUCGGAAUUUAAGCUGGUUUGAGGUUGCUGUGCGGAGAGAAGAAACCAGUGGGUGUAGCUCCGAUGAGCCUGGUCAACGCAGCCAUCAUGGCAAGCAGUGCCCCCACGUCAGCCGACGCUUGCCUAAGCAUCGUCCACAGUCUGAUGUGCCACCGGCAGGGUGGGGAGUCGGAGAGCUUCGGCAAGCGGGCCAUCGAGAGCCUGGUCAAGAAGCUGAAGGAGAAGCGGGACGAGUUGGACAGCCUCAUCACGGCCAUCACGACCAACGGCGCCCAUCCGAGCAAAUGUGUCACUAUCCAGAGAACCUUGGAUGGGCGAUUACAGGUUGCUGGCAGGAAGGGUUUUCCCCACGUCAUCUAUGCACGGAUUUGGCGCUGGCCGGACCUCCACAAGAACGAGCUCAAGCACCUCAAGUUCUGCCAGUACGCCUUUGACCUGAAGUGUGACAGCGUGUGCGUCAAUCCUUACCAUUACGAAAGGAUUGUGUCGCCGGGCAUAGAUUUGUCUGGCUUGACUCUGCAGCAGACGGCAGGCCCACCAGGCCGACUGGUCAAAGAUGAGUUCGGUGGCGAGUGCGUCCAGGUGGAGCAUAACAUAUCCCACCCGCCUGGCACCAGCAACGGCUCUUUGGGCAUGGGCCAACGCAUGCACCUCACCGGACCCAUGCCGUCCACUUCACAGAUGAGUGAAUUCAGCCGGAUGAUUGCACCUCACACCAUUAGCACUAGUCUGCCUGUGCCUUUGUCACAACCCCUCAUGGUGAGCACCAUCCCAGACCAACACCCACCACCACAGCCCAAUCAUCCACUCACCACCAGUACUGCAGUCAUGCCACAGGACCCGGGACAGAUAGGUUCGACGAUGCCCCCGAUGCCCCAGCAUGCCAUGGCCUCUCAAAUGCCAGCCUUGCCCCAGUCUCCCAGCACUUCCUUCCCACCUCCCUCUAGGGUCCAGUCCCCAGGCUCCGCCCCACCUUCCAUUCAAUCCCCGCCCAUCCCAGGCCCACCCUCUCAGCAACAGCAGGCUCCACCCCCUCAGGGUCCUCCCCCACCCCCCCAGGGCCCCUCGUCACAGGUUCCGCCACCGGGUCCAGCACAGGUCGGGGGGACCUCGGCGAGCACAUCAGGCGGGCCCGGACCAUCGGGCCAGCCGGGGCCCUCAGGACCCCCACCCGGACCCACGUCUCCAACUAGGUCGACGUCCGACGCUCAGAUGGCCAGAACAAGUACUACAGUCUGGACAGGGAACAACACGAUGUCCUACAAUCCGGGUAUGCCGAGCGGUACGUCCCAGGCGGCCAAUCCGACGAACCCGUACUGGCAGCAGACCAAUCAGAUUCAAGGAGAGAUCCCGCUUAAUGCCCCACUUUCAACUCAGCCAGCCCCGGAGUACUGGUGCUCCAUUGCGUACUUCGAGCUGGACACCCAGGUGGGUGAGAUCUUUAAGGUCCCCUACUCCACCAAUCCGCCGCGGUACCCGUCGGUCACCAUUGAUGGCUACGUCGACCCCUCGGGGGUGGACCGCUUUUGCCUGGGUCAGCUGUCCAACGUCCACCGGACAGAAUCCAGCGAGAGGUCACGGUUGCACAUCGGCAAAGGCGUACAGCUGGACCUGAAGGGAGAAGGGGAUGUCUGGGUGAGAUGUCUGAGCGAGCACGCGGUCUUCGUCCAGAGCUACUACCUUGACAGGGAAGCGGGGCGGGCGCCAGGUGACGCCGUGCACAAGAUAUACCCCAGCGCUUACAUCAAGGUGUUUGACCUGCGCCAGUGCCAUGCCCAGAUGAGAAGCCAAGCAGCCACGGCAAGAGCUGCAGCAUCUGCCCAGGCUGCUGCUGUGGCUGGCCAUGUGCCUGGACCCCAGUCAGUUGGUGGGAUCGCUCCAGCUGUCCGCUACUCGGCUGCGGCGGGGAUUGGAGUGGACGACCUGAGGCGUCUCUGCAUCCUCCGCAUGAGCUUCGUCAAAGGGUGGGGGCCGGACUACCCCCGGCAGAGCAUCAAGGAGACGCCCUGCUGGAUCGAGAUCCACCUGCACCGGGCCCUCCAGCUGCUGGACGAGGUCCUGCAUACCAUGCCCCUGAUGGACCCCCUCGGAAUGGACUAAGAAGGAGGCGACUUAAAAGACAUUUUCUCCAGGCGUCCCCGAUAACUCUUGGAGUUUUGAUCUGAAACUCACAAAUUUGUACAAAGUGCUGCAAGGGGAAAUGGUCAGUCAGAUUUCUGGGGGUGGACAUGCUUUUUCUUUGAACUCUGUACACAUUGCCACUGUUGGACUCCCUGAGUGUGGACUGGACUAGACGUUGCCGGAGGAUGUCAGAAAAUUCCCCUUGAGAAGUUGCCGGAGUUUUUAUUGUUGGAUUGAUUGCUGAUAAGCUUGGUCGGCAUCCCAGCAUUUUUGUCAGAGAUUUUCCACAACUUGAUGCUGCAUGCUGCCCCUCUCCCCGCUUCCUAAAACAUUGAAAUGUUGUGAAACUGAAGAAGGGAUGUUUAGACUUGCCUCGGGUGGCAAAGACCACUCCUUCCGUGUAGAAAGUGAACCCCAACAAUUGUCUGUUUUCUGUUAAGUUCAAAAAUUGUGCGCACAUUUAAUCAAAUUUUUUUGUGUGCACAUUCAGCAAAAAAAGUUGUACACAUACUGUUGAAAUUUUUUGUGCACAUUCAGUUGAACAUUUUUUUUGUGUACGUUCAGUUGUAAAUUGGUUGCGUGCUCUUGCACCAUUUGCAUACGUGCACAUUACUUGUGCUUCUCUCAGCUCUUGUGAGUUGAAUACACAUGGCUAGUUAUAUUUCAUUCAGCGCAUACAUAGAUCUCUCGGACCUAAACUAGUCUGUUGAGUGUGUUCAUUCUAUGCAUUUCGCGGUGAAAAUGGAAGGUCAGUUAUUGUCAAAAGUUAAAUCACGUGUAACCUUUGUAAUAUGUAAAAACAGUGGUUGAUACUGGCCAGAGAAUGGAUUGUCUUAGUCACAAGCAGGUUAAAGCAGGUUUGAAUGUGGCCUCAAGUUUUCAACAGCGGUUGACAAUGUAAGUUGUUACCCUGGGGCGCAAAAGAGCAGGAAAAAAAAUCACCUUGGGAAUUCUGGCUGUUCACUCCUCCCCCAGGAUGCUACAGGUGAGAAGCUAUUAACAACCAGGUGUAUGUAUGUAAAUAUGAUCAGGAAAGAAUGUUAAGGAUUACUAUACUUUGAAGCCAAUGAAGAAAAGGACAAGAUCUUGUAGCUUCUAGCUUGAAUUUGGAGUGGUGUAAGAGGUGAAAAAUGAGGACAACCUUUCUGUCGUAUUUGUAAUGAAUGUAUUUUAUACCUAAUGUAAUAUGUAUGCUGUUCUUCCAAGACAAGAUGGACUCAGUUGUGUAGAGAAUUUUUUCUGAGAAUAACAGAUUGAAAGUGUUAGUAGUGAUUUUUAUAACAUGUACAGAAAGCAGCGCAGAGAUGCGAGUUUAUACUGUUUAAGGACGUGACGGCUCACUAUUUUCAGCCCCUUUUUUCAGUCUAGGAAACCAUGUGAGAUUCGGCGGCCAAACUAGAGGAUAAAGAAAUGUCGUAGGCCAAAUUUGUGAAUGGGAUGUGGUGUCGGGAUAUCAGUCAGUAGUGGCUACAUGUAUUAUGUUUUUUUGUGCGAGUCCAUCUACUGAUUAUUGCCUCUUUGGUUUUAAAAAGGUACCCUCUUGUAUUUUUGAGACGCGUUUGAGCCUUACAUCCCCGCCUUCCUUCCAGCCGACUUUGGCAGGAUAGAUUUUUAAUUUGAUCUAAAGGUCGACUCUGCUCGGCACAAAGGCAGGCAUGGCAGCUUUCCAGUGUCCACCUUGGUGAUAGGCAAACUUUGAGUAGUGUAUAAAUAUAUACAACAGUGCGAUUUUGGUUUAAUGAGAGCGUUAGCAAAGAAUGAAUCAUAGUUGCUGUCGUCAUUUCGUCACGUAAGCUACUAUUGAUGUGGACAGAGUUGCCAUUCACGAGUGGGAAUAAAGCAAGCCAUUCAAAUUAUUCCUUUAAGUUUGAAGGGAACGUUUACCUCAUCCAGUUAUUCCUUAGAACUGCAUUAGGUUCUGUUGAGAACCAGGAACCUUAUUUUAUGUAACCACCGAGUGCAGAACUUUGCUGAGGCAGUAUCUGAAUUACAUGUGCUUGGUUGUGGCUAGAAAUUGCACACAAGCCACAGCAAGUUCCCAUGGGGUUGUGUGUAUUUUCAGCCGCAGCCUAGUGAUUCAGACACGGCCCUAAGCAGGGGAAAAAAAAAAAACUUGCUCAGCAAGAACAGACCACCAAGCACCAACCAAACUAUAAUGUGGUGUAGGCCUAUAGCCCUUUCGAUAUUCGUAGGCGAUAUUGGCUCUUCAGCGUAUGCAUUUGCUGAGUGUUCUUUUGCUGCGAAUAGCAUGCCCACGAAUUUGAACUUUGAGUGCUCUGAAGAGGGUCACCCAGUUGGUAUUCUGCAAAAUCUGUAUGGCUGGUUUUAUUUUGUUUCUUGUUCAUUUCAAAUGGUUUGUGUCAAGGUUUUGUCGUCAGUAGACACUCUUCGAAAUUUGCCACCAUGUUCAUUGUUUUGCAUUAUAGAUGUAUUCUCAGUAGCUUUGUAUGUAAUUUAGCUUUAAAAAGCAUGCAGAUUUUUUGGUUUUUGAUUUGGUUUCAAGAACUGAAUGUUUCAUCCUUCAUAUUCAGCCCUAAUUACUUCUCAUAGAUAGUUGGGUGGGUUGAGAAAGGAAGGAACAGGAUAGAGUUAUAUAUUUCACAAUUUCACAAACCGAUGUUUGGAAUUUAAUAUUUGUACAAAUACUAAGCCUUUAAGUCUAUCAAACUCGUUUUUUAAAGAGCAGAUUAAUGAAUAUCUUUGUGGAUUUGUGUUUAAAAAGAUUGGGUGGCAUUCCAAUGAUUGUCAUUGCGUCAUCAUUAGGACAGUGUGUCCCUAACAACAAAUGUGCACAACUCAUUCCUGGUUUAUGUCAUCUUUUGGGGGGGGGUCAAGCUGCCUCGUUUUUGAGCUCGAGCCGUUUACUUGACCUCGUCCCCGUCUCAGACUUCCUCUCCAAAGUCAAUCUCUGAUUGUAGGUCUGCAGCACUCAAAUUAAAUUGAAGCACUGUCACUUGUUUGCAUCUUUUUGAUGUUUCUGUGACACUGUUGAACUUACUAUUGAGCUCACAUUUUCAAACUUGGGAGGUUUAAAAAAAGAGACGAUACCUGAGACAGUGAUGACACUGAGCACUGGAAAACAGCCUUGGCAGGGGCUGCAUACUCAAUGGGUCAUUGCUCUCAGUUGGGCCUAAAUUUUGAUUAUAACAAGAAAGCCUACGCACUUGCUCUGAUUGGUGCUUGGACUUAAGCCUCUCUCUGUCCAAAAAUGGAAUGCCUUCCCAUGUAAUGGAUGUAACUACAGAACAUUUGAAGUAAUCAUGAAUAAAUUUGAAUAAGUGGAAAGUAAUCAUGUGACCAAUUUGAAUGAGAAGAAGAAGCCAGGGCUCUGUCUUUUUUUUGAAAAGAACCAUCCGUGGAAUGCUGAAUGUUUGCUCUGAUGCAAGUGUUUUAUAUUAAACAUUUGAAUCAGUCGCCAGAAGACAGUGCCUGAGAAGUGUAUUGCUUUUUAAGAACAUUGUACAUGUCGAUGCUGUAAGAGUCGCUGUCAACAUGAAAGGACUGUGAUAUUAUGCACUCAAAAAUAUGAGUUAAAAUACUUUUCCCCCUCCAAGUCAAGAAACUUUGUGUGUUCGUGUGAGGUUGUACGUUGACUAGCAGGGAGUGUCUACAUGCAUUACAUUUUGUGUUUUUCAUUCUCAAAUGUUGGUGACAUAGCCAGUACCAAAUACCACGGUUACGGAACAAACGGGGCUCUGGGCACAGGUGAGGGAGGAUGCUUCAUUUAUACCAGGCAACCAUUUCCCUUGGGAGUGACCACCAACAGCUGAUAACCUUCACUGGUUGACACGUGCUAUAGUCUUCAUCUUAAAUAAUGUACGUAUACCAGUGGACAUAGGUAGACUGUUCCCCGUCCCUCCAUUAUCACUCUUACUCAUUUGUCCUCGAGGCGGGAACCAGGUAGUCGGGCCCGGCCUCAUUGUGCAUGGAACCCAUAAGAUGGAGUGACUGUGUUGUCAAGCUUUCUGUGGCCUUAUUUCAGCCCAACAGCUGUGCGUCAUGUAUCAUAUUUUGCUUGAUUUUGGUGAUUUUGACGUAAAUUUUACCAUAGCCAUUUGUAAUGAAUCAAUGUGUGACUUCAAUUCAAGCAUCGUGUCGAAUGACUUGUACUUGGGAAGGUGGACAGUAGCACCGAACAAAACUGCCAAAUUUCAAAAAUCCAGCUGUCAGGUUUUUCUUUGCGAAACUGAACUCUUGGACUGUUGUAUUGUCAUUAAUCUCAGGAGGAAGUUUGAAGCUGACCCUAGCCACAAGACUAACCCCAAUGCAAUUACACUCGUAAAUUUAUAAAUGCAACUGAUUACAAGUGGUACCACUUUUGAGAGAAAACAGUUUUGAAGAAAUUUGACGUGGCUAUUUAUUUGACAGUGAGAUGCAGAUAACAUUAGAGUGAGGUUCACCAGACUUGAGUUUCCCUAGUCUAGGAAACAUAGCUCUUUUUCGAGUCAUUUUUGGGGGGAGGGCAGAAUAGUUGCUGGAACAUAAAGCAGUGGAAGAACUCAAUGCUAGAAAUUCUAUCAGUCGAUUGACAUUUGAUUUCAGGGGAAAAAAAGACUUCAGAAAAUGUUCUCAUAGUUUAGUGAUAGAUUUAUUACUUGUGGCCCUGUCCUUUGAAAGUUUGUUCCGUUUACAUAUCAAGUAAAUCAGUCUUCAAUGACUCAGGGGUCCAGUCUGACUCGACUGUGCAUAAUUAUAUUUCUUAAAUGGAAGUCAGUUUACAAGUAAAUGUACGUCCAUCUGUACUUCUGUUCAUGAAUGUUUUGUGUUUAUUGCCGUCAAUUAACAACUGUCGUUCAUUAACAGUUGCGUAAGUUUUCUUUAAAAUAUUAAUCCUUUUAUCAUGAAUUCUAUUUCAGUUCCCCAUGACUGAAGUCUUCAAGAAUUUUCACAUUAUAUUGACACGUUCUGUGUCAACAAAGACCUGGGUGUGGACAGGAAACAAAUGUCAUUUACACGUAGUGACGUCAAACAUUUGAAUCGUAGUUUUUUUUAAUGCUUACAAUACAAUUUGAUCUUGAAAUACUUGUCUGGUUAAAAUACAGAGUCAGUUUUUAAAUAAAUGUGUUUGUCUGUAAAUAUGAAUGCAUGCUCAAACAUGUUGCUUAUUUCAGUGGUGUUUAAGUAUUUUUUUUCGAAAUGGUUUUGAAGAAUAGGGCACUUCAUUUAAAAAAAACUGGAGUAAAGCUCGCUUUUGCCCCGUGAAAAGUGAUCAGACACUUUCAUCAAUCACAAUCACAGCCAUCGACUUGAGAUUAAUUAUUGUUCAUAAGAAAGAGAACUCGGACGCCAUUUUAUGAAAUUUAGUUCUUCAGGUUUAAUGUUUUCUCGCUCAAAAUACACGGAAGGCUUCAUUCCCCCACAAUUAGUACACACACACCACCCCCAGUUACUGUUCAAUCACUGAAGAAAAUGUGAACAUUACAAGUAAGAAGACUUGGUUCAGAUGCUCGGAGCACACCCGAACAUCAGUCCACAGAUGUAUAAAGUUGAUGACAAAUCCUACGAGAUAUAUCGCACAGAAACGCUAUUAAAAAGAGCCUAAUAUUGUUUCCCUGAUGAUUUUUAUUUUUGUCGUCUCGAGCAUCUGCAACCUGUUCUUUGCCUGCAUCUGCAUGGAAGCUGUAAUUAGAAUAAUUUAUGCUCUUACAUUAAAGUCAAGGUCCACUUUAAUGCCAGGAUAGACAGGUGUAUUUUGACCCCUCCACUUCUGACUGAGAGAAGGAAUGACAACAUGGAGAGAACAAAAAAUGCUGUACUUUUUGCCCGAGUCACAGCGUGUGUGCUUACAGGUCUGAAGUGUUUGUGGGUGCAGAAACACUGCUCGCUGCUAAACAUGACUGGCCCCCAUGAAUGGCUUCCGAGGGGGGUCAUCAUUAUUCCAGCCGUGGCCUGCACCGCAAGAAUUGUGUAUAAUUACAACUGAACCAACAGCUACGUCGUAAAGACACAACUUCAGGGUGCUUUGAAAGAAACUAUACAUGAGCGUUAUUUCACAAUUAAUUUCAGAUACAAUAAAUCGUAAUUUCUCACAGCCAUGAUAACAUAUUACAUGCGACACGGAAUGUUAGGCGGCCAAAAAUGCCCUUCGAAAGAAAAUAAAAAGAACCACGGUACCAACAGCAUAAGUCUAGGCUCUACUGACAUCUUGGGAGAUCUCUAACUGAUCUGAAACAGAGAUUGGAAAUUUGGCAAGAAUUGUAAUCACCGGUGGCAGAUUUCUGAAACAACAGCCAACAGAGGAAUGCAGCGGGCUAUAUCAGACAGCAAAAAAGGAUACUUCGCCACUGGUGUAAUAGGCAUCAGCAACAAAAAGAUCAUAUACAAGUACAUUACCUAGUAAUGUUUGAUGAUCAAUCUUAGCAUUCUGUAAUGUAACUGACCAAAAAUAAGUACAUACAAAUUCUUGAUAUACUGUCCAAUGUCACACAAGCCAAAUUAUGCUAACUUUGGGGAAAGCAAUGGACCAUAAAAACAGUGGUCUCGGCUUUGACUAGCCUCAUGCCGUAUCCAUCCAAUUCAAGAAUAUCUGGAUGUUCUAACCUUCGGAGGCCACUGCUUCCACGGUCUUUCUCUCUGAGGUUUUAAAUUUCAGCGGCCUGUGAGCGUUUUUAGACAAAGUGGUGGGAGACCUAAACACAAUUUUGUAAUAAAACAGUGUCUGCCAGUAGAAAAAAGGCUUAUCUCCUUGGCUGUAUACUUCUUGGGAAAAAAGAUGGAAGUCAAGUCAUUAAAAAUUGCCCCUGCCUCAGAGCAAGGCUACUUACAACUUUCAAGCAUUGGACAAACUGUCAUGCAAGCACAAAGCACCACAGCGCUUCUAAAUUUACCAACGGA